CAACGGUAGUAUGGACGAGAAAGGAAAUGAACAAAUAGAGAGAAAUAAACAAAUAAUGUUCUGUUGACUUCGUUGCGGUGCAUGCAUGGGCUUUUUAUUUUACCAUACCUGGCUGUUUCUUUCGAGAGCUCAAAAGCUAAUUAAUUUGGCUAGUUUAAAAUAUUAAGGCAUUUUUAGAGCAUGAUAUUUCUAGCUAGCAUUUUUUUUCUAUUUUUCGUUUAUAUUCUUUUAAGAAAAAUUCAGUUUCAAUAAUUUCUUCUGCAACUUAUUUUCACACUUCAAAGUUACUAGAAAUUUAAAAACUCGACACUUGACGAAUAACUUAAUUAGCAUCUAAUAAUAAAAUCAGAUCUAUUUCACACCCUCUAGUAAGAAAAAACGGAACAAAAAACAUGCGUUUACUUCUUCUCACAUGCGACGAUGGAAGGUUAGGUUAGAAACAGGUGGACAAAAGGAACAAAAAGGAUUGUUUAAUUAGGUUAGACACCGGCCGGGGGCGAGCGUUUGUUCUUAAUUAGACAAAACCAAAACCGAUAACACAAAAUAUCAAAUUCUCCGUUGACUAAUAAGUUCCUCUAGAAAUAGGAUGAAUUGCAUGGAAUAUUCUUUUAGUACGAUCUGGCUUUAAUUUCCGACGUUAAAGAGGAACGAAGCUUGAAUUUGCACAAUUUUUUUUUAAUCGCACUAAAAUUAUUAACAAUUGUUUUUAUUUAAGCAUUUCAAAAACUUGUUGGGUACAAAUUUAGAAUUCAUCUAACUACCAUUUUCAGAAAAAUCUAUAUAUGAAAAUGCAUCAACUUAAUAUAAUCCUGAAUUAUAUGAAAAUGCAUAUAUCUUUACAAUUAUGCAAUCAAAAAGACCCACACAAGAACCAAAUCUCCAUUACUAACCAUAAGUAUUAUGCGACCUUUGCGUCUAAAAUGAUAGGAACAAAAAAUAGUCAUUCGCAAGAGAGGCGACAAAUAAAUGAGGAAUUUGAUGCAAAGUUAGGCGACUUUUACGCCUUACUUGCACCUCAAUCGCUAUAAAUGAAAGCUUAUUAAAUUAGAUGGACAAAUUUGAUGUGAUGCAAAGAAAAUGAGGAAUUUUGAGAAAAGACAUAGUCGAUAAAACAAUUUGUCUUAAUAACCAAAAAAAUAAAACAAAAUCAAAGGAUUACCUUGGAAUUUAAAUUCAAUCAUUCUUCUUUUCACGGAUCUGAUAUGUGCCUUAUGGCUCCACAAUCCAUGAGUGACAUAGUCAACAGCUUGGUGCAUAGAUAAAUCUUCAAUUAUCAUGUCCGACUACCCACAAUACCAAAGAAAGCAACUUUACAAUAGAUUAUUGAAUCCUUACCUUACCAGCAUAAAUAAACAAACAUAUACCCAUCACGCACCAGCACUUAUUACGCCCCACUGAGCUUCAGGAUUCCUUCCGGGUACCUUCAUCUUCUCUUCUCACCACAAUAAAUUUCUGGUUUCCCGAAACCCAGAAGAGUAGCUACCCCUUUUGCUCAGCGUACCCCAGAAGGCCAGAACAAGAUGAAAACGAGAAGUGGAGAUGGAAAUGUCGUGGCAGUUACUGGAGCUUCAGGUUUCAUAGCUUCAUGGCUGGUCAAGCUCUUGCUUCAACAAGGCUACACCGUCAAAGCCUCUGUUCGUGACCCAACCGACCAGAGGAAGACAUCCCAUUUAUUUGGACUUCCUGGAGCCAAGGAAAGGCUGGAACUUUUCAAAGCAGAUUUACUGGAUGAUGGGUCUUUCGAUUCCGUCGUUCAAGGUUGCUCCGGAGUCUUCCACACCGCUUCUCCCGUUUCCUUCACCGCCGCUGAUCCCCAGGCAGAGAUAAUUGAUCCUGCGGUGAAAGGAACCCUCAAUGUUCUGAAAUCAUGUGCCAAGUCUGCCUCUGUGAAGAGAGUUAUCGUGACCUCCUCUGCUGCAGCGCUUUUCUUCACCGGGAAGCCAAUGAGCCGAGAUUCAGUGGUUGACGAGACUUGGUUCUCCGAUCCAAUGAUUUGUCAGGAACGCAAGCUUUGGUAUCAACUUGGCAAGACUUUGGCUGAGAUAGCUGGCCGAGAAUUUGCUAAUGAGAAUGGGAUUGAUUUGGUGACAAUCCAUCCUGGUCUUGUAUGUGGACCAUUUUUACACCCCACUCUUUGCUUCUCAGUGGAGGUUAUUCUCAACCUGGUAAACGGAAACAAGACUUACCCCAAGAUGCAUUAUUGGUCAGUUGAUGUUAGAGAUGUUGCUGAAGCUCACAUAAGAGCCUUUGAGAUUCCAUCAGCUUAUGAUAGAUACUGCUUAGUUGGGAGUGGUGUCAGUCUCUCUGAAGUUUUGGAGAUUCUUCAUAAACUCUACCCAACAUUGCCUCUUGCUGACAUAUGUGAUGAAAUGGAUAUUCUGAAACUGCCUGAAUUUGAGAUAUCAAAGGAGAAGGCAGAGCAAGGUUUGGGGAUGAAGUUCAUCCCACUAGAGGAGUCUCUUAAGGACACAAUUGAUUGCUUGAAGGAUAAGGGUUUCCUUCAAUUCUGAUCCAGAAGACAUUGCCUUCCAUUAAUGGGGUGGAAAAAAAAUUUCAUUUGUUUUUAUGCAAGUUGCUACUACUUCUAGCAACUUACAACAUUUAAGUUACAUCUUUUCAUCUAAUUAUGUAUUUUUGAUAUGGCUGAUAAUUGAUAUAUACAAUAAUUUGGUUUAGAAUCUACCAUGUAUUUAGUCUCUUUUUUUUUUUUUUGUAAUUAGGUCGAAAGUUCGUGAUUUGCACGGGUGUUCAAUUCUUAUUUUGUAAAAAUGAAACAGUAUAACAUAAUAUUAGGAUGUGUUCAACCACAUAUAAUAACAUGUUGGAGCCACUAAGUAUAACUAACAUUAAAAUAUUACGCUUCUAAGCUAUGAGCGUAUGAGAGUAAAUUGGACUCGAUGGCUUGUUAUGCCUCUUAUUCGAAAACAUGACUCUAUUCAAAACUCACAAUGAUUGUUCAUCGAUAAGGAUUAAAAAAUGAAAAAUGGAUUAUUGAAGCACAUGUGAUUGAUAUACGCAUGAUCAACGGACCUCUAGUUGAAUAGUCGAAAAACUCACAAAUAUUAUCAAUCUAUAAGAAUUCAAAAAUGGAAACUCAUCAUCUAUAACAAAGAGCUCAUAGAGAAGUGCAAAUAACUAUCCUCUAUAACAUUUACACAAUGUGUUUGUAAUUUACAUAACGGUUUUUGGAUAAGGAUGACAUAUGUUGUUUUUUAUAGUUAGGUUGAUUAACCUAACUGUUAUAGAAUGUUAUUAUACAAAUCUUCUAUAAUAUGUGGUCUAAUAAUAAAAUUAGAAAAUAUAUCACAUUUGCUUAAAAUGCUAUAUAAAAAUAUACAAAAUCUUAGAGUAGUGCAAAUAACAAAGAGCUCAUGGAGAAGUGCAAAUAACUAUCCUCUAUAACAUUUACAUAAUGUGUUUAAUUUACGUAACUUUUUUUAGCUAAGAGUGACAUAUGUUGAUUUUUAUAGUUAGGUUGGUUGACGUGACUAUUAUAGAAUGUUAUUACAUAAAUCUCUCACAAUAUGUGGUUUAAUAAUAAAUUAGAAAGUAUCACAUUUGAUUAAAAUGUUAUAUGAAAAUUUAAAAAACCUUAAAGUAGUGCAAAUAACAAAGAGCACAUAAUAUAUUGAAAAUAACAAUUAGCUUAUGGCGAAAUUGGGUACAUGGGAUAAAAUCCCUUAGCGAAU